AUGCCAAGAAAUAAAAGGAAUGAAAGCAAUGAAGAAUAUGAAUUAGAAGAAACGGAUCUUGAGGACGAAUUAUAUGAAGAAAAAUGCACGCCUAAAAGGAAAAGACGCGUUCUUUUUACACCUAAACGAAAUAAAAGAAAUAAUAAAAGCGCUACUCUUAGCACUCCAAAACGCAAUAAAAGAAUUACAGUUUCAACUUGUACUGAAGACACUGACACUGAUGAGGAUAUAACGCCUAAAGAAACAUACCCGAUCGUUAUAAUUACUCCUAAGAACAAACUACCGGAUUUACAAGAUCCUAUACAAAUAGUUACACCACCCUCAAUAAGGAAAAGGUCAGGUCGUUUAUUAUCAAAUAUAAAUAAUCGGAUUAAACCUACAAAUAAACCUUUAUCAAGAUAUGAUAUUGCAAGAGAGAAAUUGAGACUUGAAGAAGUUCCUGUAAAUUUUCCUUGUCGUGAAAAAGAAUACGGUCAAGUUUAUGAUAAAAUUAAAGAUUCAAUUGAUGAAUUUAAAGGACGUCGUAUUUUUAUAUCUGGUCAACCUGGCACUGGUAAAACUGCUACUGUACGACAAGUUAUUAAAAAUUUAAAUGAAAAAGCAUUUAAACGGGAAUUGAAUUCUUUCGAAUUUGUUGAAAUUAAUGGAAUGGAAGUUAAACCUCCCGAAAAAGUGUAUAGUGUCUUAUGGGAGGGUUUAACCGGUGAUCGAAUUUCUUAUAAAGACGCAGAAUCUUUAUUGAAUGAAACAUUUCAUGAUAAAGAUCAACGAGUUUCAAUUAUAGUAUUUAGUAAUCUUUUGGAAUGGACCGCUUUACCAAAUUCUGGAUUCGUUUUGAUUUCUUUGACGAAUGAAAUUCGAUUACCACAUUCAUUAUUAACUAAAAGUCAAGAGAGCAAAUUUGGACUGGAAAGAUUGGAUUUUGAACCGUAUACUCAUGAACAACUUUUUAUUAUUUUGAAAUCUCGGCUUGAAAAUAUUGAUCUAUUUGCAAGGGAAGCUGUUGAAUUUACUGCAAGAAAAGUGAGCGCUAUUUCACAAGACGCAAGAAAUGCUCUGUUUAUUUGCAGAUAUGCAGUAGGAGUUCUUGAGGCACAAGUAAAAAAUAAAUUAGUAUCGGUAAAUAGUCGUGUUACUAUACAAAUGGUUCUAGAGGCUAUAAGAAAAACAAAUACUCCUUGGAAGAAAUAUAUUAGUAGAAGUUCUCUACAAGUUAAAGUAUUUCUUUAUGCCUUAUUAUUAUUGAAGAAAAAUGGAAAAUUUGAAAUCGAGUUAAAGGAUGUUAUAAGAAAAUAUAACAAGAUAUGUGAACUUAAAGGCAUAUCAAGUCCUUCACCCACUGUAUUAAUGAAUAUUGCUUAUGAUCUCUUAUCAUCUUCAAUGUUGGUAUUAGAUCCUAGUAAAGGUCUUGAUUAUUUAGUUGAUUUUAAUGGAAUUGAAAGUGAUGUUAGCUCUGUUUUAUCUAAUGAUCCGUUUUUUAAAGACUUGGUUGGAUGGUAA